UUUCUGAUGGAUAUCCGAUCUCGUUUCGGAACAUUAUGGGACAAGGAUCCUUACAAUCCUAGGAGUAGUUUAUAUGUUGAGUAAAAUAAAUUCUGGAUCCGGUGCUAGAGCCCCUCUUUCUCUUCGUUCUUUCUUUUACGAUAUUCUCUCUCUCUCUCUCUCUCUCUGGGUUAGAAUUUGUGGAGGAAGAGUUUUGAAGCAGAAAGAAUUAGUGGUGGGGGCUCAUAAUGUCGAUGUCACAUGGCAGCAACAUCCGCUUGCCAGAAUUUGUGGAGGAAGAGUUUUGAAGCAGAAAGAAUUAGUGGUGGGGGCUCAUAAUGUCGAUGUCACAUGGCAGCAACAUCCGCUUGCCAGGAUCACGGUCUCAGCCUCGGGUCCUUUUGCCAUUACUAUCCGUGACUGGACUUCGAAUUAUUUGCUCAUCUUCCGAAAGAAGAGUCCCUGACGAGUACGGGGAGGAUUUUAUUAGUGAAUUGCCAGAAGAAGUCCUGUGUUUGAUACUCUCCCAAUUGCCUACGAAAGAUGUUGUUAGGACUAGCAUCUUGUCCAAAAGAUGGAGAAACCUUCAUGUUAUUCUCCCCAAAUUGUCGUUGAAUUGUCCUUGCACAUUUAAGAAGGACAGAAUAAGCCAGCAAGGCACUGGCCGCCUUGAUCGGUACAAGCGUGGAAUCUUGACAUUUAUAGAUCAUUUCCUAGAGCUGCGACAAUGCGCUUGCCGCUGUGGUCGGGAAAAACAUGGAAUCUUGACUUUUAUAGAUCGUUUCCUACGGCUACGGCUACGACAGGGCUGCAAUAUUAAAUCAUUCCAGUUAUCAUGUUGUUUAGGGGAAGAAUUCAGCAGUCACAUUGAGCGAUGGAUGAAAUAUGUUGCUAGGUUAAACUUGGAGGAACUUGUGCUCAGGCUUUCUUGUGAUGACCCUUUUGUUGGAGAUAUACCAAGAGGUCUGGUUACAUUUCCCUUGCAUUUGUUUACUUGCAAUCUGGGACGACAAGGAACAUUUAAGUCCCUUUCGCUGCUUAGGUUGGACGCAGUGUCAUUAGUUAAUGGUGAAGUGUGCAGCAUCUUCUCAGCCUGUCCAAAGCUUGAGUCUUUAAUGUUGAAAUAUUGCAGACUUCCAUCUAAGUUAUAUAUUGGCGGACCGGAACAUGAGUUGAAGUCUUUGACAAUCACAAGUUGUGUCGGGGUAAAGAAGAUAGAGCUUUGUGCUGGAAAUUUGACUAGCUUGGAAAUCAUUUGCUCUCAAAAGCUGGAAGAAAUUAGUCCUUCCCAUGUUCCGAAGCUGAGACAUUUUUUUGUUGGGUUAAAAUAUUCUGGUCAUCUGUCUUAUAUGAUUCGUCGGGUUGCCAAGGACAUGCCUGAACUUGAAUCCUUAUAUAUUGAAUCACUGGUCAGUGAGAUAUAUUUGACCCCGUCAGGAGGGCGUGCGUUCAACAAUCUUAAGGAAGUAUAUGUACUCAUGGACUUUAGAUGGCUAUAUGGUGCUCAACAAAUUGCUUGUGUUAUUAGCUGCUCACCAUUUCUACGCAAAUUUCGUCUGGUGACAAAAGGUACUGUAGACAUAGGAGUACCGAGGCUAGGAUUGACCUCAACAUAUGAUCAUGUUCAUCUGAAAGAAGUGGAGAUUGGGGGAUUUCAUGGGCACGAGAGCGAGCUUGAAUUGAUUGUCUUUCUCCUUAGAUUUGCGGUGUGUCUUGAGCGUAUGACCAUCACCAAGGAUUAUGAGUACUACCUUGGAGGAGGGAAAUGGGAGAAGAGCGGAAACCAAGAUACUAUAAUGGAUGAUGAGCAACGUGAAGUAGUGCGUGAACUCGUGAAGGGAACAACGCAAGGAUGGAACAACAAAAGUAUAGCCGAUGCACUAGGUGAUGAUGAAGCGGACUUUGUAUUAUUGCAUGGAGAAUUUGUAAGGGACAAGGAACGGGGUGGGGAAGGAGGUAGCAAUCAAAAUCUUGGUGAAGAGGAGGAACAUAACUUUGGAUCCAUCUCGGAUGAGGAACACCGUGAAACUAAAAAGUUUGACAAAGAGGAUCACUCUGUUGAAAAAGCGGUUGAAAGGGUGCAAAAAAGAAGAAAACUAUCAGUCCUUGGCAAUGAGCUGAAAGAAAAAGUGAAGAAACUUUAUGAGAUAUAUAAAGAUCAACAACAUUGUGAUCGUCUUAUUCGUCUCAUUGCUGAAGCCCUUGAUCCAGAUGGGAAGGUUUCACCACCUCAAGUAUCCAAAGCACUUAAACAUCUUGGAUUAGAGAUUCCAGGAAAGAAGAGAACACCAAGUACUACCCGUGUUGGAGAUGUAGCAAGUGGGUCAGAUGGGAUCACGCCUCCACAAUUGGAGGAAUCUUCAGUACGGACUAUACGCACGAGAAAGAGGGUGCAAGCAUUCAUUGAAGAGCAGGAGCAGAAAAUCAAAGCUUUAUUUGAGCAGUUCAAAGCUCAAAAGAGGUGCAGCCAGAUGAUAGCCAAUGCAUUGGGUCCCGAGGGAACUUUCACAGCAGCAAAGGUUACACGCAAACUCAAACAGAUCGGCUUGCUUGUUCCCAAAAAGAAGUCUAACUCUAACUUACAUUUGAGGAAUGAAACUUCUAGUGACAACUCUGAUGAUGAAACUUUGAUGUCAAUGAAGAUGAGGAGCAAGAAACAGGUGACGAGAAGUUCUCAUGAAGGAAAACAAGAUGAAUCUGAUGAUGAAAUUCUAAGUAAAGCUGUAAAGAAGGAAGAAGCCUCCCUCCGCUCUGGAAAGCAGCACUUCUCAGGUACGUACGGCACACUGAGCACAAAGCCCAAAACAAAUUCGCACCUCGGCCUCAAGUGCACCUUAAUUAUUAAUGCCAGAGCCCUUCUGGCAUUCACUGAUAAAGCACAUGAGAUGAGCCUCAAUUGCUUGCCUCAGUUGAGGGCGGCACUUGUCACGCACUGCUAUUGCAGCAUCAUCAUCAUCAUCAUCAUCCACAACGCCGAACAGCCGCGCGCAGACUCUUAACCCUUCUAAAGUUGUGUGGGUACAGUUUGAUCAACCAUACAGGACACUGUACUCGCCUCAACUUCUUCCAAUGUCUAAAAGCAGCUUGGAUAAACGCAUAUUCCAUACCCACUGAACAGGUAGGUUAUUCCUUACCCGUCAUUCUAUAGAACCAAAAUACAAUAAAGCAAAAAAACAUUU